AUGAUGAAAGCGGGGCAGCAUGUUGUCCUAGCUGGACUUUUAUUGCUGAGCUUCUUCGUAAUAGGAGCUGUAGCUGAUGUCGCAAAGCCCCAACAUCUGAGCACUUUGCAUCAUGCGAAAAUGGCCCGCCGCUCGAAGGCUAUGUCUACGAGUGAAAAGUGGGGCAAGUACUGCGAGGACGACACACAGGGACACAAUGGUAACGACCAAAAGUCAGAUCACUAUCUUGUUGUGAAGACAAAUGAGGGUCGUGUCCGUGGCCUGUACAACUCUACGGCAGACACGUAUUCUUGGCGAGGCGUACCAUUUGGCGAUGAUACGAGUGGAGAGAACCGCUUCAUGCCACCUAGGCCUGCAGGCAAGUGGUAUGAUGUGAGAGAUGCGUCGAAAAAGCCCAAAAUCUGCCCACAGCAUGGAAGUGAUGUUUCCAAGGCAGCGAUCGCUCUAUUUGGAUUUUCGGGUUCAAUUUUCGAAGAAGAUGCACAAUCAGAAGACUGUCUGAAUGCCAACAUCUUUAUUGGCAGGAAGAAUUGGGAAAAGUAUCGUGACUCCAACGGGAAGGCGAAGAAACUUCCAGUGUGGCUGAAUCUUUACGGAGGUUCUUUUGAAUGGGGAUCUAACACUGUGGAAACUUAUCAGUCGCACAAGUUGGUUCACGACAAUGACAUUAUUACUGUGAGCAUCAACUUCCGUAACUGGAUUCUCGGUUUUCCCCAAGCUCCGCAGCUGCAUACAAGUAAGAACCAGCACAACGCACACUUUAAAGGUAGCAACCCUGGUCUGUCAGAUGUUGACUUGGCGAUUGAAUGGGUAUACAACAAUAUUGAGAAGUUUGGUGGUGAUCCCGAAAAAAUAACGAUCGGUGGCACAAGUACGGGAGCCUGUAUUGCCGACAAUUGGGCGUACGUGCAUUAUCAAAAGCCGACGUCCAAGUAUGUCAAGGGAAUCAUCCUCCAGAGUGGAUCCAUGACGUCUCUCGGCAAGUACUUUGUGACCAAGCCUGAGGACGACUUUACGGAAAAGAAGAGUGUGUGGAACAAAGUGGCUGCUUAUCUUGGCUGUGGCACCAAUGGUGACAAUAAGCAGAUGAAGUGCAUGCAAAGGAAGAAGUGGCAGGAUGUGAUUCAAGCGACUUUUGCUACCAACACAUCGUUCAUGCUGACAAGCGACAACAUCACGGCUUACAAUGACUACUCGGAGCGCCUGGUGCAAAGAAAAUUUGCUAAUACGCCUAUGCUCAUUGGCAAUUGUAAGGACGAGGGCAAUGCUUGGUUGAUUCACGACGCGCAACUGACGGCCGCCGUGGGCCCGCUUAUUACGGCCGAGGUGUGGGUUUGUCCGUCGAAUGUUCAGGCCAAACACCGUAUGGGCUAUGCAUCGACAUGGCGUUAUCGCUUUAGCCCUUCCUUUUAUCUCCCAGAUACGCCAGAGAAGUACCAAUCGCUUUUGACGUACCACGGAAGUGACACGGCCUAUUCAUGGGAGACGUGGCAGGACCUGCGCUACAUUCCAACAAAGCAAGCUGAGGAGGACAAGGGUCCUCUUUUGAAGGCACCUCGCGCCACAGAUGACGAUAAAAUCCGGGCACCUGUGGCACAUAUGUACAGUGCGGCAUUUGUCGAGUUUGUGAAGGACCCCGACAAUGGCCUGUAUGACUUUGAGUCUGGCUGGCCGGUGUAUUCUCCACAAAGCCUGUCUAUUGGGGAUUUCGGCUACAAGAACAGUCCCCAAUUCCGUCUUGCGUCUCACCACGAUGUUGAUGGACUCUGUCCCUUUACAGAUGCUGAGAUUAAGGAAAACAAUGAGAAGUGGCGCGAAACGGCCCAACGUAUGCGCCCUUUCAUGUUCUAA